AUGAGGUUCGGCGAGCACCUCCGCUCGUCACAAAAUAAAGAGUACUACUGGUACUACAUCAAUUACGAAGGUCUGAAGAAAGCUCUCAAGACCGGCUACGUUACCGACCCGACCCCCCAAAACACAAAGCCCGACCGCAAACCAUGGACGGAGGAUGAUGAGCGGCAUUUCGUGGCACUUCUGGAGAGCGAAUUGGACAAGGUCUUUAACUUCCAGAAGCUCAAGAGCGAGGAGAUUGUCCGCCGGAUCCAAGAGGUCGAGAAGGACGUCGAAGACGUUGUAACGCGACUGAACAACAGCAAUGACAACCGCAGUGCUGGCCGCUCAAGCAGGCCCCCUCCGUCCGACGAGGAGUUCCUGAUGCUUGAGCAGGUCCUGAGUGAUAUCAUCGCCGAUGUUCACGACCUUGCGAAAUUUACUCAAUUGAACUACACCGGGUUUCAAAAGAUUAUUAAGAAGCAUGAUAAACAAACACAAUGGCAUCUCAAGCCGGUCUUCGCUGCCCGGCUCAAAGCGAAGCCUUUCUUCAAGGAUAACUAUGAUGCCUUCGUAGUGAGGCUAUCAAAGCUGUACGACCUUGUCCGAACCAAGGGAAACCCAGUCAAAGGAGAUUCCUCGGCAGGCGGUACCCAACAGAACUUUCAUCUUCCCGUUCUUGUCUUCAACCCCAGCAAAGAAUUUGAGGAAGAAGAUUCCGCGAUUUCUUCCAUCUACUAUGACAAUCCCGAGACGUGGGAGCUAUACCUGGGCCGCUUAAAAAAGACCGAAGGAGCUGAGGCCAUCCGUCUACGGUGGUAUGGUGGUAUGGAUAGUGAUCAGAUAUUCGUCGAGCGGAAAACGCAUCGUGAAGAUUGGACUGGAGAGAAGUCCGUGAAGGCGCGGUUUGCUCUCAAGGAGAAAUAUGUGAAUGACUUCAUGGCUGGUAAAUUGACGGUGGACAAGGUUUUCGAGAAGAUGCGGAAGGAUAAGAAAAAGAGCGAGGAUGAGAUCGCCGACCUGGAGCAACUGGCUCGGGAGAUUCAGUAUCGAGUCAUCACUCGAAGGCUAGUACCGGUCACCAGAACCUUCUAUCACCGUACCGCUUUCCAGCUUCCUGGGGAUGCCAGAGUCCGCAUUUCGCUUGAUACGGAGUUGACCAUGAUCCGAGAGGAUAACCUGGAUGGACGUCAAAGAUCCGGUAACAACUGGCGCAGAAUGGACAUUGGGGUGGACUGGCCGUUUAACCAGCUGCCACCUGAGGACGUCGAGCGUUUCCCCUACGCGGUUUUGGAGGUCAAACUUCAGACCCAGGCUGGACAAGAGCCGCCGAAGUGGAUUCGUGACCUGACGGCGAGCCACUUGGUAGAAGCAGUGCCCAAAUACAGCAAGUUCAUCCACGGAACUGCCGCAUUAUUCCCGGAUCGCAUCCACCUUCUGCCAUUCUGGAUGCCGCAAAUGGAUGUUGAUAUUCGAAAGCCCGCAACACGCCACUUUGGUAUUCAGCGCCCAAUGACAAGCACAUCUCUUUCUGCAAAUGAGACACCUGAAGACGACGAAUCCGAAGACGACGAGCUGGACGCGCACGAAGGGCGCAAUGGGGGGCCGAGAGACCGCUCCGACCGAGAAGCGCUCCGUGAAAUCGAGCCACACGCUCUCUUCGAUGAUACUGACGGGAAUGCGCUUGACGUCGAGGAACGAAUCGCCGCACAGCCACUUCCUGGAGACGAAGACUAUCCGCUGUACGACUCGGACGAUGAGUCUGUCGAUUCAGAUGAGUUGGAAGAGGCGCGUCGUGUAGGAGGCAGAUACUACUAUGAGCAGCUGGCCAAGUACUACAGUCAUCGGCUUAAGAACGGGAUGAUCAAUCUGCUCAAGGCACUUAUUCCUAGGCCCAUGCCCACAAAUAUGCCCGCUCCAGAGCAGAACGGCAUCACGGUCAUGGGCAGUGGACGGACAAUCAAGCGAUUUACGGCUCCCAAGGGUAAACGUAUUCACGUUCCUGUCCGUGUCGAACCCAAAGUCUACUUUGCCGCCGAGAGAACAUUCCUCUCCUGGCUAGAAUUCUCCAUCCUUCUUGGAACAAUCGCCGCUACCCUCCUGAACUUCGGCGACGACUACAUCACAUUCGCCUGUUCCUGGGCCUUCACCAUCCUCGCCGCUGUAGCCCUCAUCUACAGUCUCGUGCUCUACAUCUGGCGCGUCGACAAGAUUCGCAAACGCCGUGACGUGAAACGCGUGUACUACGAGAAAUGGGGGCCUACAGUCGUAGGCGUCGGUCUUGUCGCAAUCAUGUUGACGAACUUUGUCUUGCGUGUCCGACAAACAGGGUUUACGUCCAGAGACGGUAACAAAUCCACCACACCUGGCCGCGACGAUCUUUGA